CGUGUGUUUUAUUUUUGAGAAACGUUUUUUUAUCAAUCUUGGCCGAUUAUAUAUGAAAACACGGCCAGGGACAUAUAAAGAUGGCAAUACAAACGAAUAAACGGAAAAGAAAACAUGAAGCUGCAGCCGCAGACCAACCAGAUGAUGCUGAAAUAGCGGUACCCAAAAAGCAGCACAAGGAGUCCCAUACGCCAAAGAAAAAAUCAAGAAAGGCAAAAGAACAGGUGAAUAGUGAAGAACAGACGAAUGAGGCAACAAAUGAGGAGCAGUUGGAAGCUUCCGACAGUCCAUCCAAAAGUAAAAGGGAACAGGCAGCUGCCAAUCAAAAAGAUGAAAAAGUGGACGAAGCGGAAAUCAGUCCUGACUCGGGCAUCGAGCCGGAAGAGAAGCCUCUACGGUUUCCCAAUGAUUUCAAAAUGAUGCAUUUUCGGAGCAAGCUGCUCGGCGACAACUUUAUAACGGAAUUGCGUCACUUUCUGUACAUGUGCGAAGUACGGCCCCGGAUCGUCGCCAAGUAUAUUGAGAAGCGCGGCAAGCCGUUGGAGCUGGCCGAAGCCUUCAAUCGCAUCGACAAGACCAACAUACUGCAUGUGGGCUACCUAUGCGAGGCGCUGCAGCGCAUUAUCAUGGAGAUACUCACGAAUCAGAAGGCUCACAUGGAGUCGGCGGCGCACGCGGGUCGCUAUUUCCUCAAGGUGCAUGGCACGCUGCUGGAGCAACUGUUGCAGUCAGCACAGCCGAAGCAUCGACGCAACGCGCUCAAAUUGCUGACGGCGAUUGUGUGCGUGGACUCGCAGCUGGGCCGCCAGGUGCUCAGCUCCUACGAUAUACUCUCGAAUGUGCGCACCAUGAACGAAAUGUUGUCGCACUCGAAGCACGAUUACCAGAACGAGGAUACGGUGCGCAAGGCAUAUAUACACUUUGUGCUGGCCUUUCUGGUGGAUGGCAAUGCGCUGCUCAUACGCAACAUUAUGGAUCGCGCCCAUCUGAUCCGUGUGCUGGCCAAGGGUCUGGUCUACGAUGACCAUGUGACCGCUUGCGUGGUGCUCAACACGCUGCGCCAAUAUGUGCUGGAGAAUCCGAGCAUAUUGAAAACGAAGAAGGUGCACGUCUUCGAUCUGGAAUGCUGCAAGUAUCUGCGCCGCCUUUACGACUGGGAAGGCCCCCAGGGCCUGGCCGUAUUCUAUAAAGGACACAAGACGAAGCACAACUUUGUGCCGGAGGAGCGCGAGGCCGUUGCCGCCGCCGCACAUCAGUUUCUGCUGCUGCUCUUCACCUCGCGAAAGCACGGCAUCAGCUUCGAUGCGAUGAGCAACUACCGCCAGAAGCACAACAAGCUGCAGGGCAAAAUCCUGGGUAGCCUAUAUCGUGCAUAUGCUGACCCGUAUAAAACGGAGCUUAUAUUGAAGACGCUGCAUGCCUGUCCCGAUCUGGGCAGGCACACGGUGCGCAAUUUCGCCUCGUAUGUGAAUCCCAUGCGAGUACCCGCGACUGAUUUGCCCAAAGCCAUCGAUUUGCUGGCCCAGAUCAUUGCGGCGGUGCCGCCAAGCGCCCUGUCCGUGGCCAUGGACAAGAUGACACUGACCGACUUCAGCUAUUGGAUCAAGGAGCUCUGCCUGCCCAUCGAGGCGCUGCUGCACAUUGUCGGCAAGUACAUGCUCAAGCACAACGAUUUCCAGGUGCGCCUGGCCGUCAACCAGCUGCUGCUGGCCAUGAUGACGCAGUACAGCAACUAUGUGGGCGCCGUCGCCCUGCGGGAACAGUCGAAGCGUGCGGGCAACUCGUUGCGUAAAUUUAAAUUCGAGCUGCUCAAUCAUUUGCUGAUCAACUUUCCGCCUAUCGAGAGCGUACUGUACUCGCUGUAUAUGAGCAUAGAGGAGCGUCAAAAGGAUGGUGUUCAUGUGCUGGAGCAUCUGUCGGUCACCCUGGAGCUGAUCCUCAUCAUGUGCAAGGAGAAUCGGGCCUUUGUGAACAAAACCAGCCAGAUUCUCGACUAUUUGGAUGUCUUGAGGCCGCUGUACGAAACAAACUUCGAUGAGCCGGAGUCGACGGAGGCGAAUCCUCAAGAGCUGGACAAGGUGCAAAAGAUUAAGCUGGAGUUGAAAUCAAUCAAGACGAUUUUGCUGCUGUUUCCGCGCUCGCUGCAUCCGCAGGAGCAGCUCUUCGAGAAGGUGUUGCGCUCCUUCGUCAAGGCCUACAUGCUGGAGGAUGAUCAGGCGGUCAAGUCGGAGGCCGGCGAGCUGCUGCAUAGCCUGUUCCAGAACACGGGCAUGUUUGACUCGUGCAGCUACGAGAUCGACAUCUGGCUGGAGGCAUUGAUCGGCUUCGAUGCCCAAACCGUGGACAAUGUGACAAGCAUUCUGCUCAACAUACUCUCGCUGGACUUGUCCCAGGUGGAGGAGGAGCAGCAGGAGCUGCCGGCCCUGAAUGCGGCCGCAACGACGGCCAGCAAUGUGGAGAAUCUGCGCAAGCUUUUCGCCCAAAUCGAACAGGGCCAAACAGUGCAGGCCUAUGUAGAGACGCUGACACUGAGCAAAAUGUUGCCGCUACUGCUGCAGGGCGUCGCCAUCGAGCCUCCGCACGAUGCCUACGUGGAGCUGGUCUGCGUGCUGCUCUAUCACUAUCACACCAAGCCCGAGCAGCUGCAGCAGCUCUACAGCUCGCAGCUGUCGCGGCACAAGGACUACAUGGAAAUCGGUCAGGGGCCACGUCCACUGCCCGCGCAGAUAGCCAAACAUUGGCCACACCUGGCGCAGCUGCAGCGUCUGGUGCUGGAGACUUCUCCGAAGCAAUCAUUUGAGCACAUAUUCCGGCCGGCGCCGGAGCAGAGCGAACCGUUUGAGCUGCAGCUGGCGGAUGGCAACAAGCUGCAGCUGCAUCUCAGCCUUCGCAAUCCGCAUCGCAACAUGAUCUACGCCCACGAGCUGAUCUUUCUGCUCGCACAGCUGGUGCAGAGCAAGCAGCUGGGCGCCCAGCAAUCCCAACUGAUAGCCGAUUGCCUGAUUAGGCUGCUGCAAAUUGCCGCGCAGCUCGAUGGCGGUAAGCUGAGCGCCCCGCUGGCUAAUGAGGAGGAGCAGGAGCAGCAGGGGGAAAGGGAGCGGGAGGAGACUCACACACAGCGCCUGCUGCACUACAUCUACAGCAUUCGGCUGAGCCAGAUGCGCGCGACGCACCUGCUCAGCGAGACGAGCGAGACGCAGCUGCACUACGUCAGCUGCCUGCGACGCCUGACGGAGCACUGUCGCCGGCUGCCCGGCUUUAGCAGCUACACGAGCUACUACAGGCAGCAGCUGGUCCUGGCGCUGGAGAUAGCACUGGAGGAUCGGGCAGCCUUGACGGCUGUCGAGCAGCCGGCGCAGCUGCUGGAGUGCGUCGCCCUGGUGGAUGCCUUCGAAUUGAAUGCCAACGAGUGCGCGCAAAUGCUGCAGCUGCUCACGGCAAAGCUCGAAGCGAGCGAUUACCUGGCGGCGCCGCAUUACUUUGAGCUAAUGCUGCGUCUUUUGCGGCGCCUGGCGCAGCUGCAGGAGCAGCCCGUCGACUGCAGCCAGGCCAUGCUCCGGCUGCAAAGCUAUUACGGCGAAUUUUGUGAUAGCUCCUUGCCCGCCGAGCAGCUGGAACAGCUGGAGGUGGCCCUGCUCGAGUUCGUCAGCAGCCAGCAUCAUCAUCUGGCCGCUUGCCACGCCCAGUUCUUUAGCUGUUUCUUCUGCACAUCCAACCGCAAGCUGAGCAAAUCAGCAGUAAAGCUCGCCUGCCUGCUGCUGCAGCGCAACACUCAGCUGUCCUCCACUUUUGUGCAGCUUUUGCCAGAGCAUGUGGAGCAAAAGGAUCUGAUCUAUCCGCUGCUGGCUGUCGCUUUCAGUCGAGGCUAUCAGCUGGAGCAGUCGCUGCUGCAGCGCUGCUAUCAGAGCUACAAGGGGGGCAUCCUCAAGAGCAUCGAGAAACCACAGAAGGCGGCGCUCAUUUACCGGGAGCACGCGGCGGCCAGUGCUGCGAUCAUUGGCCAGUGCAUGCCCAAGUCGGAGUGCGUGGACUACUGCCAGAAGCAGCUCAAGUUCGAUGCCGUCGGCCUGUUCCAGAUGCGCGUGCUGCGCGAGAUUUACCGCCAGGCCUUCGGCGCCAGCAAGGAUGCACAACAGCAGGCGCAGAUAUUUGUAAACUACGUGAAUUUGAAUGUCCAAAUGCUGGCGCUCGACCUGAAGAAGCAAAGCGUGCAGCUGGAGCAGCUCGAACAACUGGCCUUCAACUGUUACGACUGGUGGCAGCAGCAGAAGCUGGACUUGGACUCCUCCAAGCCGGAUUGGACGCGUCUGCUGAGCGCCUCGCAUUGGCUUAACUUCUGUCGCAGCUGCUUGAAGCAGGCCCUCCACAUGGCCGAGGAGCCGGAGCAGAGGCAGAUCAAUGGACUGCUGCUUAAGCUGCUGGCCUACCUGUGCGAUCAGCUCUACGAGGAUUACAACGAGGAGCAGGCCGAGGAGCAUGCGGAUGCCGCGCAGCUCUACGAGAUGGCCUGCACGCACUCCUGCUGCUAUGAUCAUCUGCUGGGCGAACCGAGCGCCGUGAAGACACAUCUGCUGCAACUGCUGGAGACGCUGGCACGGAAGGCGCCAUCGGCGUUGCACAGCGCCCACAUACCCGUGCUCCUGGGCGCCUAUCAUGCCAGCCUGACGCCCGCCGAUCGCUACGUCCUCGCGCUGCUGGAGCACUACGAGCGCUACGAUGUGGGCCUGUCCGCAUAUCGGCCCUUCGUCUGGGGCGAAAGCGCCGUCGCGCACUAUGCGCUGCGCGAGGCGGACGCGGAUGAGCGCGCCAAGCUGCAACAGCAGGAGACAAAUGUGGCGCAGGUCCUCGCCUUGAUUGUGCGCCAAACCUGCCAAUAUACGAUUGAGAACUUUCCCAUCUGGCGCACGCUGCACGCCAGCCAGCAGCUGCCGGAGCUGCAGUUUGUCAACCCGGCAACAAAAUCUGUGAGAUUCGGCGAUAACCAGCUGGAGCAGCGCAUCGAGCUGGACGGCAUCAGCAAGGAAUUCUCGCAGGAUCAGCGCCGGCUGUGCCCGAAGCGCGACGAGCUCUACGAGCGCUGCUACGAUCCGGCCUUUAUGCUGCCGCUGAUGAUGCACUGCUUCGCACCGGAGUCGGCGGUGCGUGCCCAGUGGCCCGUCCAGAAUGGCCUCCUAGCGCUGAGCUUCUGUGCGCUGUCCUCGCUGGACAAGGACAUGCGUCUGGCCGCCGCCUGCUGUCAGCAGCGUUAUCGCAGCCAUUUCGAGCUGUCCAAGUUCUACGAGAAGCCGCUCUGGACGCAGGCCUACGACAACAUUCAGUCGGGUCUCGUUGAACUGCGCGACUCUUGGCUAGCCCAGCGCCGCACACACGGUGGCAUUCCGCGUGUCCCACUAAUCCCGGUGCUGUUCAUAGCUCACAGCUUCAAUCUGAGCACGGAUCCAACACAUUUGCUGUACAAGCGCAUGAUGAUGUAUCUGCAGCUGAAACAGAGCUUCAAUUUCCAGACCAUACCCGAAUUCAAUAUAUUCUUCUACUCCCAGGAACCGGAGCAUCAGCAAUACCGCGAGUUCAUUGUCCAACUGCUGAGCAAUGGCAUCAAAUGCAGCUCGGAUCUCUUCCUACUGGUGUCCACCAAUACGUUCAAGGUGCUGCUCAGCUUCUAUAGCUCCCAACUGGCCACUCUGGACACCAAUCUGCUGCUGCUCUCCGUGCUGUCCACGUGCGUGAAGAUUCCAGGCGCUGUCAAGAUCAUGCUCGAGCAUGUGGGCAUCUUGUCCUGGCUGGUCGGCGUUAUACGCGACACCCAGUUUCAUCAGUUCGACAUCAUCGAGGGCAUCAUUAGCAUUGUCAACAAUCUCUGGUAUUCCGUUGCCGCCAGCCAGUCCGAGCUGCUGUCCGACUACGCAUAUGUCCAGCUGCGCCUGCAUCGACUCGUGCUUCACCUGCUGCCGCUGCUCUCGCCGCGAGUCUCCACGCCCGGUCUGGCGCGUCUGCUGAAUGUCGUCCAGAAGACCGCCUCCGCCGGCCAGUAUCUGGCCCUGUCAGGCCUGCAACUGGAUCUGCUCUUGGACUGCGUCGCUCGCCAUUGGCCUGAACAGAUUGCCAGCAUCCGCUACGUGCGCAGCUUUGGCGGCAUCUACGCCAGCCCGCGCUCCGAAUACUGCGACGCACUGGCCAGGGAGCAUAACCUGGAUAUGCACUCUGUGCUCGCGCUCUCCAGCCUGCGACAGUACGUGACAGACUGGUGGCAAGCGCAUCACCAGGGCACAGAUGUCGAGGCAGUCCACAAAAUGGCUGUAAGCGUGUAUCCUCCAGACGAAGAGGUGUCCGCUUCUUAGGGAGAAAAUUUUAUUGGCCUGUUAAUUAUUAAAUGUAGCCCUAAACCGUGUAAUAUAUAAAAUAUUUUUGCAUUGAUUUCAUGAAGAUUUCGGGCUUGUGUAUCUUACCCGGCAUUAAACGGAGCAAGUUAUUUCUUUAAAUUCUUUUGCGGUUCC